UCUCUCUCUCUCUCUCUCUCUCUCUCUCUAACCCCACACGCACACACACGCAAACCCUGCAAACCCUCCAUGGUCGUUCCCCCCACGCGAGCCACGCGAAGAUGCCCCCCUCCUCCACCGCCCACCUCCCCAUCAACCUCUUCGAUCUCCUCUCCCACCUCCACUCCCCCCGCGGCGGCGCCGCCGCCAACUCCGGCGAACCCCUCCUCCUCCUCGCCCCCUCCGCCGCCGCCGCCGCCGCAGCAGCAGCAGCAGCAGCAUCAGCAGCGGCAUCUUCCCUGACCCCCUUCCCCACCGUCGGAUUCCGCCGCCGCAGCCGCCCCCCCGCCGCGUGCGCGCUCUCGCGCGGCUCGCCGCGGAUCCUCCGCCUCUGGACCCGGUUCAACCGCCUCGCGCGCCUACACACCGGGUGGGCCGGGUUCGCCUCGGUCCGGGUCGGCGGGGGGAACCCUAGCGAGGAGGAUGGGGGUGGGGGUGGGGGUGGGGUGGGAAUCGGGGGCGGGGAGGACGAUGGGGCGCCCGGUAAUGCCGCGGAGGGAGAAACCCCGAAGAAGGUUUUGAUCUUGAUGAGCGACACGGGCGGGGGGCAUCGGGCUUCGGCGGAGGCGAUAAAAGCGGCGUUCAACGAAGAAUUCGGCGAUGAUUAUCAGGUUUUCAUUACUGAUUUGUGGACGGACCAUACACCCUGGCCCUUUAAUCAAUUGCCGAGGAGCUAUAAUUUCUUGGUAAAGCAUGGGACCCUGUGGAAGAUGACGUACUAUGGAACUGCACCAAGACUAGUGCAUCAGCCCCAUUUUGCGGCAACUGCAACAUUCAUUGCUCGAGAAGUCAUGAAAGGACUGAUGAAGUACCAGCCGGAUAUUAUCAUCAGUGUCCAUCCUUUGAUGCAGCAUGUUCCCCUCCGAAUCCUAAGGGCCAGAGGCCUGCUGAAGAAGAUUGUAUUCACUACAGUUGUUACGGAUCUUAGCACUUGCCAUCCUACAUGGUUUCAUAAGCUUGUCACAAGAUGCUAUUGCCCUUCUACUGAGGUGGCAAAGAGGGCAUUAAAAGCGGGGCUGCAGCCAUCCCAAAUAAAGGUCUAUGGCCUUCCUGUGCGUCCUUCCUUUGCCAAACCAGUCCGACCUAAGGUUGAACUGAGACGGGAGUUGCACAUGGAUGAGGAUUUACCGGCUGUUUUACUAAUGGGAGGAGGGGAAGGGAUGGGUCCCAUCGAAGCUACCGCUCGAGCCCUUGGAGAUACAUUGUAUGAUGAAAAUCUCGGGGAACCGAUUGGUCAGAUUCUUGUCAUAUGCGGUCGGAAUAAAAAACUGGCCAACAAAUUGCAGUCAAUAAACUGGAAGAUUCCUGUUCAGGUCAAGGGCUUUGUUACUAAGAUGGAAGAAUGCAUGGGCGCAUGCGACUGCAUUAUCACAAAGGCAGGACCGGGUACUAUUGCAGAAGCCAUGAUUCGGGGCCUACCUAUCAUUUUAAAUGGUUAUAUUGCCGGCCAGGAAGCCGGAAAUGUUCCCUUUGUCGUGGAAAACGGGUGCGGGAAGUUCUCGAAGUCGCCAAAGGAGAUUGCGAAGAUUGUCGCAGACUGGUUCGGCCCGAGAAUGGACGAGCUGAAAGCCAUGUCCCAGAAUGCUUUGAAGAUGGCGCGGCCCGACGCCGUGUUCAAAAUCGUUCACGAUCUUCACGAGCUGGUUCGGGAGAGGAGCCUUCUUGUACCGCAAUACUCGUGUGCCACCUAAACUUCUCCUCAUCAUUUUUGAGCCACGUUUGUUCACAAUCUAUUUUGUAGCAUAUUUGUUAGUUGAUUGAGGCUCUUUACUUCUCUCUGCGGAUGUAUGAUUGAAAUGCAUGAGUAGUUGAUUAUAUGCUCGAUAUGAUCUACAAUUUGUACCCAUUCUUUUACACCUGGAAAAAUUUUAUGAUCUUUUUCAACCCCUCGUAAUCUUGAAUUGUUGAACUUUGUUGUGAUACUCAGUUGUUUCACUUAGGUUACUGUAUCUCAGUUUAUUGUAAUUGAUGUAUUAUACAUUUAUACUGGUAUGAGGAGAUAUGCUUUUUUUUUUUUUU